AUGGACAGCCCGUCGCGACGAUACUACGACCAACACCACUACCAAGACCAGGACCACCACCAGCACCAGUCCUCACACCACCACCACCCACAACGCUUCUCGUGGCAGCUGCCCUUUACCGACCAGGAGCGUCAGCCGCUUCACCAUGUCGACCCCGCACCCGUUUCGCCCGACCCGCGAUAUGCCUUGCAGCAAGCCUCGUCGGUGCCACACCCGCCGCCAACCAUGAUGGCUCCCGACGCCCGCUACUCGAUCAUGCAGACGCCGAUAGAAAUGCAGCAGCCCACCUUCCCGCCACCGCCCGUCCGCCACCACACCGAGCCCAUAACCACGCAUCAUCAAUCGCCCGUUUGGCCCAGCGACUCGCGCUCGCCUGCCUCGACCGAGUUUGGCGACAUGUCAGCUAUAACGCCCACGGCGCCGCUGCCGUUGGAGCCGUACUUUCCGCUGGAGAAGGAGAUGGGAAUAGGACCGGGCGAACACCCCGCAGCUGGCGGGUCGUCCCAUGCGCAGCUGCCAGAGGAAUACAAACGCGCGCCGCCGCCGGAACCACACCCGGCGCUGUUUGCACCCAUCGACCCGGUGCCGACGGCCCAUCUGGCGCGGGCGAGCAUGUCGCUGCCGCAGACGCCGGUACAAUCGCUGCACCGGAAUAGUCAGCGGUAUUCAUAUGCGUCGGGGCAGGGGCCGAUGACGCCGCCGCGGUCGCAGUCGCAGCCUGGCAUGUUGACACCUCCGCCGCAGGUGACGCCGCGGCGACACUCGCAACAGCUGCAGCCGCCUGGGUCGCCGGGGCCUGUGCCGCUGAAGACGGAGAGCGACAACGAGGCGAAAUACCAUCAGCCAAUGCCCAACGCGCCGGGCUCGCCCGCGCAGAUUCCUUAUUACGAUCCCCCGCCGACGGCGCCGCAGCAAUCACGCCCCAUCUUCUCCCCCGACGCGGCAGCCGGCCCGAACGGGCAGCUCACGCACUCGCACCAGCCAGGCCAGAUCGCGCACCCGAACAUGGACCUCUCGGGCUCGUCAGGGUCCAAGCACGAGUGGAAGCACUCGCUGUGCGAGCCGUGCAGCGGGGACGUGGGAACCUGCCUGUCGGGCGUGUUUUGCCCGUGCGUAGUGUACGGGAAGACGAGCUACCGGCUCAACCUAAAGAGCGAGAAGAAAGAUCCGACCGACUUGCUCGGGUGGAGCAUUUUCCCCCUAAUCCACCGCACGCGCCUCCGCCACGCCUACGGCUUACAAGGCUCCCUGUUCUCCGACAUUGCAAAGUCGUGCUGCUGUUGCUGCUGCAGCGUGGUCCAGAAUGAGCGCGAGAUGCGCGACCGUGAGGAGAGCGCAAGGCGCUGGGCCGGCCCCGGGAGCGGCGGCGCCUAUGAAAGGGAGGGUGGGAUGGUGUAUGCUGCCCCACCGAGAGGUUAG